CAUAAUUCAUUAUGAGUUUCUUCCUCAUAUGAACACAAAGUUGCUCUACUUUGCAGUACAAUUGCUUUCUUUGGCCCACAUAUUGCAAAGAAAAAUCCCUAUUAUGUGAAAGAGGGAAGAUGCAGGUUUGUUCAUAGUUCAAUUGACAAACAAACAUACCUCUUCAGAUUUUUAAAUUAUCAGCUUGGAAGUUUGACAACCCUCUUUGGUAUUUGUAAUUCAGUUCUCCAAUACACAUCUGCUUCUCUUCCUCCAUUUCUGAUGGACUUCCCCAACACCUUAUUCAAUGCUAUAUGAUAUAUUAAGGUUGAGUCUGUUCUAAGUAAUGUUCUUGAACUUUAUAAAAGUACCCUCAAUAGAGAUGAACGUUCAUGUUGCUGUAAUUCUUUAUUGAUAUCAGAAAAUCACUUGAUUUCAGGAGAUGGCUUCAUACAGUUCCUCGUAGUAUGAUGUGAUCUACUGGUUCUUCAAUGGCAAAGAAGAGCGGGAAGAGCUGGUUCAGUAUAGUGAAAAGGUUCUUUAGUUCAGACACACAGUCAAAGCAAAAUAAUAAGGAAAAGAGAAGAAGAUGGAUGUUUGGAAGGCUUAGGAUUAAGAGGUUACCCUCAAUAACGGCGCCUCCACCACCAUCAGCAUCAAAGGAAAGGACACUCAAUGAGGCAGAGGAAGAACAAAGUAAGCAUGCUUUGAAUGUGGCUAUUGCAAGCACCGUUGCUGCUGAAGCUGCUGUUGCAGCUGCUCAUGCUGCUGCUGAGGUUGUGUGGCUAACUGAUCUUAAAGCGCGAAAUGAGGCCACUGAACUGGAACAGCAGUGUGAGAAGGAAAUACAAGAACUUGCUGCUGUUAACAUUCAAACUGCCUAUCGUGGUUACCUUGCAAGGAAAGCUUUGAGGGCAUUGAAGGGAAUAGUGAAGCUCCAAGCUAUUAUUCGAGGACGAGCUGUGAGACGACAAGCAAUGGCUACACUGAAGUGCUUGCAGUCCAUUAUAAACAUUCAAUCGCACGUAUGUGCCAGGAGAUUCCAAAGCAAAGAAGGGGAUUCAUAUCAGUGUGAUGAUUAUAGCGAUCAGUUCCAAAAUUUGAGGGACAAAAUAAUAAGGAUGGACUCAGACAGCCAAAGAAGGUGGGAUGGCAGACUUGUUUCAAAGGAAGAGGCAGAGGCCUUGUUUUUGAGCAAGAAAGAGGCUAUGAUUAAGAGAGAAAGAAUAAAGGAAUACUGGUAUAGCCAUAGGAAAUCAGCAGAAUCAGAAAGAAAAAAGGUAAAUGGAAGAUGGAGAUACUGGUUGGAUCAAUGGGUUGACACCCAAAUUUCUAAAAGCAAAGAACUGGAAGACUUGGACACGGUUUUGGCUUCGAAUAGAAAAGAGGAGUUCGGAGUUGCAAAACAACUUAGGCUUAGAAACCUGCAAAGGCAGCAUAGUCAUCCUGUUAACGAAGGAAUGGAUUCUCCAAGAAAGUCAUCCUUACACCACAGAAAGCAGAGUUCAUUGGGAGAUGAAACUUCCUUUACAAAAUCUCCUAUUGUUCCUACUUACAUGGCUGCAACAAAGUCUGCUAAAUUGAAAGCGAGGGCUUUAAGCUCCCCAAAAUUAAGGCCAUGGAGUUUGGAUACUUGCUCUGAGAGCUAUUCACCAUGCAAGAACAACAACAUCUCUCUUGUAUCUUCCAUCAACAGUGAAGUGCCUUUAAGUUCCAGAAGGAUCGGCAAGUCCGGUGGUAUCCAGCAACGAUCUCCAAGCAUGAAGGGCCUUCCAAGUCCUGUAAAAUCAAGCCAGACCAUGAAGGACCGUAGCAUUAAUUCAGAGUGCUCUAUAUCAUAUUGGGAUAGACAGAGUACUUACAGAUGAUUAUUUCAAUUGUGUUAGAUAAAGAUACAUAAUUUAAAUAUUUAGUGUCUUGUGUUGGAGUGUGCAGAACUGAAUUUGUAACUAUAACCUAAGUGGAAUGGAGAGCCUAUU